UUUUGUGGCGGGAGGAAAACCGGAGAACCCGGAGAAAAACCCUCGGAGCAAAAUCGAACCCAGUCCACACUAAGGGGAGGCGAGCGCUCUCGCCACUGCGCCAUCCUUGCUUCCCAAAUACUAAUCUUUUACAUGCCUCUCUCGACAGAAAAAACAGCAUUUUUUGCUCCAUGGCAAAAAAUUCGUCGCUGGUCCCAGGCCCAAGGCGACAGCGUUCAUUUCGAGAUUUACUUCACAGAGGAGUUACGGUUUGAAUGGGUGGAGGUUGAGACAGAACAAGUGGCGUAUCUGAUGUCAGUUAUCGCAGAGUGUGUCUACCUCAAGCAGAAAGAAUACAAUGGACCAGAGAGACCCAACUGGGACAAAGGAGCCGAGAAGAAAAAGCUAACAUGGAAAAUGAUCAAGAAGGAGCUGUUCUCCAAAGAAAGCAAAGAGGAAAGCGAAGAGGAAGAUGAGCCAUGUCAGGGAUUUGAUGUUCUAGAAGAUGAGGCCUCUAGUGACGGUGAAGAAUCAAGCGAUGACGAGGAAGGUGCCAAGGCGGCUCCCUCAUCACGUCGCAGCUCGCAGUAUCGUUUUUAGCUGAUUCGUUUUCUUUUUUUCUUUUCUACACCCAAAGAAGUGUUCCGUUGCCAUAUGAGAGAACAUAAAACGUUAUUUUAUGUAAUACACUGGAAGAGAUUGUUAAAAGCAUCUUGAUGUCAUGUCGCGACCAGUUUAUUUCGGGAACGGCAUUCCUAGUGGAAGAUAUAUAUUUUCUACCCUACGUGUGAAAGAUAUGUCUUGAUGCACCAGGUCUAGCUCAGUUGCAUAAAAUAAUGUGGCACCAGUGAUAACAACAAAACCAGCCAUACCAACAUACAACAGUCAUGUCUUGCAUAUCUGUCUGGCAGGGUGGAGGAGUGGGGAGUGGGAAAGAAAAGUGAACUGCAAGGAGAGAGCUUGAAACCAAAUCAUGAAUAAUUAAU